CACACGCACACACAGCCAUCCCUGGGCUGAGAGACGGUGGAUCCUAAAGUGUAGUGUGCGUCGAGCGGAUAUGGAGAAAAUGUAACGUUGCCGCGGUAGCCUCCUAAUCUCCGAUAUGAAGAGAAGUAAUGCAUAGUAUUGGCCUUGAUUGGACAACAAAAUAACAACAACCAACAGUGCAAGGAUUGGCUCCCCGACAUCAGCGGGGAUCGUAGCGCCGUGCAGUGAGUCGGACAUCGAGCCUCUCCCAGGUGGGUUGGCAUGGCCCAGUGAUGAACAGUGCGGCAGUGCCCGGCAGCCCGGAGUUCUCCUCAUGCCCGCUGCCCGACUGGCGAGAGUUCUGCGAGCUCCAUGCCCGUGCCUCCGCCGCCGACUUUGCCCACAAGUUCCGCCGCUUCCUGACGGAGAACCCGUGCUACGACUCCCCGGGCGCCGACAGCAGCUUCUCGCAGCACUUCGCCAGACACUUCCUGGAGUGUUUCUCUGCUGCUGUCACCCAGGCCAGGGACCACCAGGCCUCGCUCUUGCCAGGGGACGACGGCUCCAACGCUCCCCCCAAAUACAGCAUUGUUCCCUUCCUGGGCAUCCAGGGCUGCCCUUUGCCCUACGGACACAAUGACCUCUACCAGCGGCGCAAGGAUGCCGGUGCCUCCAGCGAGUCCCUGGACAGUAUGGACAGUGGAGGUUUAGGACUAGAAGGGAUAGGAGGAGGUAGUUCCUCCUCUAUGGCCACCUCUCGCACCCCCCAGCCUGCCCACAAGCCCUCUGCUCUGGGCCAGUCACGCAGCUCAGAGGACGUGUCAGUGGGACACCCCAAGGCCCGCUUCAAGAAGGGAUUCUCUCUGAGGAACAUGAGUCUGUGUGUGGUGGAUGGGGUGAAGGAGAUCUGGCACCGCCACGCCUCCCCUGAACCAGACCCCGUAGUGGGGUCCGGAGGGGUCAGACGGGUCAACGGAGGAGGGGAGCCAGGGGGGGAGAGAUGGUCCCAGAGACUGCGUCUUCCCAGGGGGUCUCAGGGGCACAAGGCUGAGCUGCUGGAGAUCCAGAGAGAGGGGGCUCUGCGUUACAUGGUAGCUGAUGAUACUAACUGUAUAGGGGUGCCUCAGUGGCAGAAGUGUAGGUUGCUGCUGAGGAAGACCAGGAGGGACGAAGGAGGUGACAAGUUCUUGUUGGAGUUCUAUGUGCCACCCAAGUCAUCAAAGCCCAAGGUGAGCAUCCCUCUGUCUGCCAUCGUGGAGGUGAGGACCACCAUGCCCCUGGAGAUGCCUGACAGAGACAACACCUUCGUCCUGAAGGUAAGGGUGGAAAAUGGAGGUGAAUAUAUCUUGGAGACCAUCGACUCGCUGCAGAAAAACUCCUGGGUGUCUGACAUCCAGGACUGCAUGGACCCUGGGGACAGUGGAGAUGACAUUGAGCUGGCGUCAUGUCCCCAUGGCCAGGCGUCGAAAGAGUUCUCCAUGGUGGCCUCCUGCAGCUGUGAGCUUCUGUCAGAGGGUGUUCAUCGCACCCCUGAGAGAUCCUGCGGCUCAGCAGCAGAACUGUAUAGCGCCCCCUCUGUCCGCUGUAGAGAACUACCCUUCACCCAGCACCCUUCCCAUGUCCCCCUGGAGCGCUUCCUCCAGUCCCCAGAGGCCCAGGGGAAAAGCCCCGCCACAGGGGUUCUAGGUGACGGGGCGACUGAGGCGGAGGCAGAACCCAGCCUGGCGGAGUACCCAUGGUUCCACGGGACAUUGUCACGCGUGCGUGCUGCCCAACUGGUGCUGGCGGGCGGAGCUAGGAGCCACGGGCUGUUUGUGAUUCGCCAAAGCGAGACGCGCCCGGGAGAGUACGUCCUCACCUUUAACUUCCAGGGCAAAGCUAAGCACCUGCGUCUGUCGGUGAAUGGUAACGGUCAGUGUCAUGUUCAUCAUCUGUGGUUCCACACCGUGUCAGAUAUGCUCAGGCACUUCCAUGCCCACCCCAUCCCUCUGGAGUCGGGGGGCUCUGCUGACAUCACACUGCGUUCCUACGUACAAGUACAGGGUACCCCCACAGGUACGCCCAACACACACACCCCCACAGACAGAUAUCCCGUCUCUCUCUACUGCUCUCACACAGAUGUGACCGUGCCUCAGCUCCCCACCCCACCCAGGGACCAAGGCUGCUGGACUGACCCAACCCUUCACCUCCCUGGGUUCUCGCUGCCGGCAGGGCCCCCCUCCGACACCCCGAUAUCAUCCAGCUCCUCAUCCUCGCCCAUCGCCUUUCCUUCCCACUCCCGUGGUGAGCCAGGCAGCGGAGGAGGCGAGGGGUUGGUUAGCAGGAGCAACAGCUCAGAACGUCUGUUAGAUCCCUCUAGUGGUGCCUCGGAGGACUACCAAGAGACAGACGGAACACGCAGGGCCAGAGCUGUGGAGAACCAGUACUCCUUCUACUGAGACUGGGCGCAACCAAACCGGGAGCUCUCAUUGGCUGAGACACAGGACAUACAGGGAUUUGGACUAAAUAGGUGAAAUGGCAUGGCUGCCUGGGGAGUGUAGAUGGACAUGGAUCACUCAUUAUCUUGUUUAUUUGCUUGUUAGUGUUCCAAGAGAUGUCCUGUUUCUCCAAUGUGUGUCUGUGUCCAGUUCACCACUGGCUCUGUGGCCACACUCAUCAGCUGACAUUAAGGAUAUGAAGAAACAGAUGAUUUAGUCUUGAGUGUGAGGAGAGAGAGAGAGGGAGGGAUGAAUGGAGACAGCGGGAUGGAUGGAGGAGGAGAGAGAUGGAUGGAGAGAGGGGGAGAGAGUGAUGGAUGGG